AGUAGGUUAAGCAUGACUGAUAAGGCUUUUACCACUGGUACUGAUGUUAAUGAUUUUACAGUUGUAUGCGAUUUGCAUAAUCUGUAUUUAAAACCGAUAUGUAAAGUUCAUAUAACUGUUCAAAUUUCUGGUUUAAGUUGUAUUGGAUCCCAAGGCAGGUGCUUAUCCACGUGGGAAGUUUCCGAGAAGCUGCGGCAGCUGUCCACUGUUGAGUUUGUUCGGUUUGUUGUGGAACUCGACUCGAAAGCAGAUGUCAAAAGAGUGAUCAAAGCCGCUGAUAGCCAGCGAAUCAAGCUCAGCGGCUUUCCUCAAGCCCUGCGAGUUCGUGCAGGAGAGGCACCAAUCGACUGUCCUCGGAAACACGAUUGGGAUGCAUUUUUCAGAGACGCGAGAGACAUGGACGAACUCCUUCCCGGCGAAAGACCCGACACUGUCGUCGUUUCAAAGUUGCCAGUUCGUUGGUUCGCCAAACCUGGUAGCUCCUCCAAGUUGUGGCCAGACCCCAAGGAUUCACAAACGACAAAUGACUCCUCUUCAUUAUCAUUCACUGCAUACAUUCAGUAUGCGGAAUAUGCAGGUUUUGCUGCAGCUAUGGAGGCGUUACGAGGCAAAAAAUUAGUUCAUAUUCCUCCCGGUAAAAAAUGCACGGAAUCACCGUGCUUCUCUGCAGAGAUCACAGUGAGUUUGGUUCAUUCUGUGUUGUUUCAAGUUGAUGCUGUGCACUGUAAUGAAUUGGGAACCGUAAUUUGGAAUUAG